AGCUCAAUGGCGCGCAUGCGCCUUAAUGAGUUCGGUUGUGUCCUUGUGAGGCUCGCUGAUUGAGUUUAGUGUCGUGAGUAGGCAAGAUGUUGGCGGCUGUGGUAGGGCUGGUUCGCGGUGGGCUGAGAGUUGCUGGGUGCCCAGCAAUGCUAUUGCAAGCUCGAUUUGAAGGGAAAUCUACAGCUGAGACUCAGCCCACUGUUAGACCAAAAGAUGAAGUGACACAAAAGCAGCUGUAUGCCUUUGGAGAAUAUGUGGCUGAGAUCCUGCCCAAGUAUGUUCAGCAAGCUCAAGUAACAUGUUUCAACGAGCUGGAAAUUUUAAUUCAUCCAGAUGGGAUCAUUCCAGUGCUGACCUUUCUGAAAGACCACACAAAUGCCCAGUUUAAGUCCUUAGCUGAUCUGACAGCUGUUGAUGUUCCAUCUCGACUGCACCGCUUUGAGCUGGUUUACAAUCUCCUAUCUCUGCGUUUCAACUCCCGGAUUCGUGUAAAAACAUAUACUGAUGAACUGACACCUGUUGAUUCGGUGGUCCCAGUACAUCAAGCAGCAAAUUGGUAUGAAAGAGAGGUCUGGGAUAUGUUUGGAGUAUUUUUUGCUAACCACCCUGACUUGAGACGAAUUCUCACAGACUACGGGUUUGAGGGCCACCCUUUCCGAAAAGACUUCCCACUUUCUGGCUAUGUGGAGGUGAGAUAUGAUGACGAGGUGAAACGGGUGGUGGCAGAGCCUGUGGAGCUGGCUCAGGAGUUCCGUAAGUUUGAUCUAAACAGUCCCUGGGAGACUUUCCCCGCCUAUCGCCAACCUCCUGAAACCCUGAAGAUAGAAGCAGGAGAGAAGAAAGGAGAAGUCAAGUAGCAGCAGGGAGGCUGGGAAUGUUCCCAUGUCUCUGCCUUCCUGUUUGGUCGAAUGAAAUAUUUAUAUCUAAUAAAGGAAAUUUUGGUGUGA